AACUGAAAACGCACUGAGACCAUUAUCGGUAAUUAUAAGGUAGUGGGCGUGCCGGAGGGGGCAGCGGCACGCAGGAGUAACGUCUGACUUGAACGUGGUGUGUUGGCCCUCACCAUUCUCUAGCAGACCCCCAAAACAGUCAAGGGGGUGGCCAGGGAGGAGCUGUGGUGAGAAUGAUGAAGUAACUAAUCUAGGGAAUAGGGGCUGUGGGAAGGUCCCGCAAGUCUUGUUUUCCCUGUCUCGUUCCCCAACGGCUUUCCCAAGCUCCAUGCUGAUGUCGAGAAACUGGGGAGCUUGGGAAAGGAGCUAGUGGCAAACCGGCUUCUGGGCUGAGCUCGUCACGUGCCUCCGGGCGGUCCAAGGUCCGGCCGGGGCCGAGGCUGGGAAGGCGAGUGCUGGCAGCGGGCUGCGAAAUGAAGAGCCUGUUUUUCCUCCUCGGUUGUCUGCAGCUCCUCGCUGCCGCGGUUGCCGUGUACAAGCAGUGGCUCCCAAACACCAACUUCGAAACUGCUUCCAACUGGGACAAAGGCAGAGCCCCGUGUGCCAGCGAUGUGAUCCAUUUUGAGAGGGACAAGGUUGUCUCGGUGUUUGUCAAGUCUCCCCACCCUGUGAAAGACAUGUACCUUCCGCUGGACGGAGAAUUCAUCCUGGCGUCUGGGGCAGGAUUUGCAGCUUUUGACGGCAGCUGGGAUCCAGGAUGUGACUCAGGCUCGGCCAUCAGUUUCGGGGACGCCGACGGGCUGGCGUGGUUCGACCCGGCGCUGUGGCAGACGGCCGCCUCGCCAGGGGAGCUGCAGCCGGGCGGACGCAUCUUUGCCGUGGAUGAGGAGCGCGUCCCGUGCCAGUACGACGAUGUUAUCUUUCAGCCCGAAACCUCCUUCCGGGUAAACGUCGACUCAUCGCAGGGCAUGAUUCAUCUCCGGAGCAUCUCUCUCAUGGGUCAGACGUUCAGCAGCCCCACGGCCUGGGCCGAGUACCUGCGGGGCCCCUCCGCACCCCGGCAGUUUCACGGCAACGGCACUUUCCAGGUGUCGGGCGCCGGGUGUCCGGACAAGUCCGGCUGCAUCUGCGGGAAUACCCAGGACGGCCCCCGGGUCUGCGCGGCCCUGCUGGGGUCAGCGGGGAGGCCGUGCCCUGCGCCGACGUGCCGGAGCCCGCUGCAGCCCCUGGGCCACUGCUGCGGGGUCUGCGGAGCCACUGUUUGCCUGGAGUUCACUCCUGACUUCGACCUGCAGAAAUACCAGGACAGGCUCGUCCAAGCCUUCCUGAGCCUGCCUGAAUAUGCUGGAGUUCAGAUGGCAAUAUCCAAGGUACUCAAAGCACAGACCUUCCUGGGAGUCGCACUGCGAAGCUCCACUCCUGUCAUCCAGAUAGUGCUCAUCGAUGACCGGACUGGGUUGCAGACAGGCACCGCUGCUGAGCAGAUGGCUGCAGACAUCAUGAGUGACAUUGCACAGCACGGUGAAGCACUCGGCAUAUCCAGCAGCAAAAUGGAGGUUGCCACUGGCAGCAUUUUCAGUGCGCAAACAGGAAUCAGCACAUCGAGGAAGAUCUUAACAGGGACGGUUUUGAGCCUGCUCUUCAGUCUCCUGUUGCUUGGAGGGAUGCUCUUUCUCUACAAAAGAGGAACGCUGAGGCUGCGGGCUGUGCGCCUUCCCCGGCUGUGGGGCGGAGCGCAGGGCCUGGCGUCCCCGGAGCCGGCGAGCAGCAAAGGGUUUGACAACCCCAUGUUCGACGUGCCCACAGACACCGGGGAGCCUCCGGGCGCUGCCUUCUUUGAGGACACACGGCCAGAGACGGCUCUCAAAGACAACCAGGUUUUCUACCUGAACCCUCUGUACGACGAGAGCGAGGUCGACACCUGAUAGCGCGCGUCGGAUGCCGGAGCCCUGGGGCGCCAGCACCACGGGGCUCGGUCCUGAGCAAACACCUCCCUCCCCUCGCCUCCCCCGAAACGGCUGUGCUGCCUCCUCCCCUCUGCAGCGUUUGAUGUUUAUGCCGAAAACGUCGUGGACCUGCCUUGCAAUUUAUCGCCUGAUUCCCCGCGGUGAGAGAGUCAAUAUUUCCACAGCAAAACCAAAAAAAAAAAAAAAAGAAGAAAA